UUGUAACCCAAUUUCUGUCGUCCUUUUUCUUUUUCUUUUCUUCUCCUUUCCUCCGCAUCCUCUGUCAGUCCCUUUCCUCCCAAACACUCUCUCUCUCUCUCUCUCUCACACACACACACACACACACAGACUCGAGACUGUUCUCUCCGUUCUUCUCAGCCUUCACCAGUUUGCACGACAAACUAUUGGGCAGCAUUGCCAGCAACCGCGAGAUGCAUCCAUUGGCAAGUGCUCCAGAAACAGAACUUAAAAUGCCCCAGCCACAGGUCCAACAUGUUGAAAACGUCCAGAUGGAUCUACAAACCCAACCUGUUUCAAGCCCUACAACAACUGGUUCAGAAAAUGAUGAAUUUUUCCCACUUUCAGGGAGACCAUCCUUUCAUGUGGUUCUUAUAAAAGCACAUCUCAAACCUUCGUAUCAAAUGUUUCUUCCAACCAAAAUGCAUCCGGUGCUUCCUUGUGCUACAAUUCCUGUGGUUCUCUCCUAUCGUGGCAAGAACUGGGAGAUGGUCUAUUAUGGAGAUCGCAGCGGCAAAAGGUUCGACUCCAAUUGGAAGACAUUUAUCAUUGACAAUGAUCUAAAGUUAGGAGAUGCAUGUGUAUUUGAACUCAUGGAAUGCAACAGUAAGAAUGUCAAGUUCAGAGUUCAAAUUCUCCGCGGUGACUUCCCAUCUGAAUUGCUAGCAAGGGUAAAUGGCGAGUCUUCAAAUACUCCUAUUAUCAUUGAUUAGGAUCUCCCAUCUUUUUCUGGGAUUUGUCUAAUUCUAAUAACGAAUUCUGGCAUGGACCUGUAGGAAUUCAAUUCCUUGUGUAUUAUAUAUACCUCUGUUUGAAUUUUUCUACCUUGCUUUCAUGUUCAGUACACGGUCUCUGUACUAUUAGUUGUCUACCUGUGUUCGAAUCAUGGCGAUCCUGAUCAUAAGCAUGUCAUGAUUUAUUAACUAAGCUAUCUAGUACGAUGAUUUAUCGGCUAAGUUAAUCUGAAUAUGACCUUCCAUAUCGUGGAGGAGCUCAAGCGAUGUUCCAUAAAACAUCAGGUGAUUGUUAUACACAUCUGAAUAUGGAGGCAUCUUCUGAGGUUCUUGAAAUAUCUGUAACAUCCCCUGGCAGGUAAACUGGCUUUGAGCUACUGUAACUCUAUUAUACAUAUAUGUGUGUUCAUAUCUUCCUUUAAAUUUUCAGAUGAAAUAAAGGGUGGCUUGAGUUUUGUUUUGGGCGAA